CGGGCACAGCAGCAGGUGGGACGUACCUGCCCAGUCUCAUAUACUCCAGCUUAGUAAACAGAGAGGAGUCGGGAACGCAGACAGGCAAGAACAGGAAACUUUUGGAGCCGAACCAGACCCCGCCUGCUUCGAUCAUGCUUGGAGCCAAGGGCAGCAUGGCAGUGGCUGGAGACUCUUCGGAGCUGGAGUGGGCCAUCCAGACCCUGGUGAAGAAUUACGACAAAUACGCCGGAAAAGGCUGCUGUUGCCGGAAACGGCGCGGGAUCAGGAAGUGCGAUUUCCGAAAGAUGCUGAAACGCGAGCUCAACCACAUGCUGACGGACACCAAGAACAAGCAGGCGGCUGACAAACUGAUCGGCGACCUGGAUGAGAAUCAGGACGGAGAAAUCAAUUUUGAUGAAUAUUGGAACCUGAUCGGAGGCAUCGCCAGCCCGAUCUCGUGCCUCAUCCGACAGCGGGAAGAGAAUGAAAAAUUCACCAAGUAGAGAUGGAAGGAGUUGGUGGAAAAAAAGCCUCUUUGUCCCCAUCGCUGCUUCCCAGUUCCCCACUUUUCUCUCGCCGUCCUUCCAGUUCCCUUUCUGCUGAAGGGGCCAGAUAUGACAAACACUUUUGGACUGGCUAAUUUGGGGAAUGGGCAGUUUCGGGCAGGGAGGGGGCGGUCAAGAAGCAAGGGAAUUGCACCCGUUGUGACUGUGAAUAGCACUGCAAUAAAGGCUGGGGCCUCAGAGUCCUAGAAAUGCCUCUA